AGCAUUGGGGAGUGUUSACUGUGAUUUCGACUUCGAGCAUCUUUUAAUCUGCAACUGAAUUUUAGUUGGAAAAAUUCUCUUUACUUUCAACACUUUUGAAAUGAUGAACACCAUUACAUCUUGCUGCACGAGCGGCACGAAAAGAAUCAUACGGCGCCUCCGAAACACAACUUCCCUCCGAUAUUUGUCUACCAACUCUAAUCGUGUUGAAGCAAGCGGAGCCAGUAUCAAUAACGAAAGCAUAAGCGACAGCUCYAAAAAUAGUCCAUACAUCCAGGGAUCAGAGACACAUUUUGGAUUUGAAUCCGUAGGAAUUCAUGAAAAGGAAGGCCGUGUGAAGGAAGUCUUUGAAAGCGUCGCCGACUCCUACGAUGUCAUGAACGAUUUCAUGAGUGGAGGAUUGCAUCGUUAUUGGAAAGACCAACUCCUCGAAAUGUCUGCCGUAUCUUCCAUGGCUGAAAUCGUCCGAAAAUACGAGCAUGAGACAACAUCUACCUUGCGUAUUCUUGACGUUGCUGGGGGAACCGGGGAUGUAUCCUUUCGAUUCUUGGAGGCGGCARGAUGUCCGGAACGAGCUCGAUCAUCUGGUGAAGACCCUAUAAGCGUGACUGUUUGCGACAUCAACAGUGAAAUGUUGCGAGUAGGAGAAUCCCGUGCAAGGAAGAAAUACGGUUCCUCUCUGAUCUCGGAGUCGAAGGCCUUGUCAUUUGUGGAGGGGAAUGCGCAAKRCUUGCACAACUUCGAGGAUAAUUCGUUCGAUCUGUACACAAUUGCCUUUGGCUUGCGGAAUGUAACAGAUGUGGUAAGUUUAUGAAAUCUUGUAAAAAGAGGAAAAGCRUCUAGAAUCGAAUGAAAUGMAAAAGGCACAKUCGAAAAAAGCUUGUAGGACGUGCAUACACAACCCUACUGUGCUGUUGAGCAACUGUGCUUCCAUACUCGUUCGAUGCCACRAAACAUAUGUCUUACUUGAAAAUUAUUUUCCAAAUUUUCCGGUACCGUUUGCUCGUCUUUGCACUGAUAAUUAUAUCUCAGGAUAAGGGAUUAGAAGAGGCAUACCGUGUUUUGAAGCCAGGGGGGCGAUUUAUGUGUUUGGAGUUUUCUCAAGUGGCCGAUCCAUUUCUGCGACAGCUAUAUGAUACCUAUUCGUUUGCUGUCAUUCCCGGAAUGGGUGAGUUGGUUGCCAACGAUCGCGCUUCUUACCAAUAUCUCGUGGAAAGUAUCCGUAAGUUUUCGAAUCAAGAAGAACUUGUGACAAGGAUGGACGAUGCUGGAUUUCAUUUGACUAAGUACACAAAUAUGACUGGCGGAAUCGUCGCAAUUCACGAAGGUUGGAAACCACUUGAAUAAAUGUCACACCGUAGAUAGUAUAGUACAAGCUUGAGAUUGCAUUGUAAAGAUAUUGCUUCUUUCACCUUUAGUUGCCUCACCAAGCUCUGCAUUCUAGUAUGUACGAUAUACUGUAGUAAUUUAUCGAGUGAAUCUUGUUUCGUAAUUUACCUUGAUCUGUUCUAUUUUAUAGAGUUUCAUGAAUAGAGAAAAAUCAUCACG